AGUGACAGUGCGGAAAUCUGAGUUUCGGGGCGGAUUUGCUGGGCUACGACUUCCCCUUUUCAUUCUGCUCCCACGCCCAUGUUACUCAAUACAACAACAACAAGUAUGCAACUCCUAAAGUUAAGUUAACUUUAGUUCUGAACUUGUGUUUCCAUUAUGGGAGACACGGACACUACAGGGGCCUUGAGUCGCAGGAGAAGGGCAACUUUCGCGGCGGCGCGAGGAGGAGCGAGUAUGCAGCCGGCGAAUGGGAAGCAUACGGCGGCGUUUCAUCGCUCAAUGACCGCUGCUGACGGUAGAGGAGUCGGCGAGCAGAGGAAAGCCGAUCCCUCCUUGGAGAAGACUCGAUCCAAAACAAAGAAUGACAAAAAUAAACGCAACAAUGACAUAAAUGACAGGUUAAGCUGUCACAAGCCACAGGAGUCCCUGCUGAGUUCAUCCAGUGGUUUCAGUAACUACAGGGGUAUUCUCAACUGGUGUGUGGUAAUGCUGGUACUUAGUAAUGCUCGCCUCUUCCUAGAAAACCUAUUAAGGUAUGGGGUUCUGGUGGACCCGAUUCAAGUGGUUUCCUUAUUCCUGAAGGACCCCUACAGCUGGCCAGCGCCGUGCCUGGUGAUUGUGUCCAACGUCUUCAUCGUGGUGGCCCUCUACACAGAGCGACAGCUCUCAAAGGGUUCAUUCGGCGAGCGCGUGGGCUUACUCGUUCACUUUCUUAAUAUGGCUGUCAUGCUAACAUUCCCCGCCGCUGUGGUCCUCACGGUGCCCUCGGUGACCCCAGUCGGCGGCACCUUCGUGCUGGGUGCUUACACCAUUCUCUUCCUUAAGCUCUACUCCUAUAAGGACGUCAACAUGUGGUGUCGGGAGCUGAGUAGCAUGAAGGCCAAGAAGCUGGCAAGGUCACUGUCUUGUCCUUCACCACAGUAUUCCAAUGGAGAGGAACGUAAAGUGUGUUACCCUGGCAACCUCACCAUCAGAGACCUGUACUACUUUGUCUUUGCUCCGACUCUGUGCUACGAGCUCAACUUCCCUCGCUCUCCCAACAUACGGAUGAGUUUCCUUCUGAGAAGACUUUUUGAAAUGCUGUUCCUCAUCCAGAUGUUAGUCGGUCUUACCCAACAGUGGAUGAUUCCCAUCAUUCAAAGCUCCAUGAAGCCACUUGAGGAGAUGGAUCUAUCUCGGAUGACUGAGAGACUCUUACGAUUGGCUGUUCCCAACCAUUUGCUUUGGUUAAUGUUCUUCUACUGGUUCUUCCACUCGUCUUUGAACUUCACAGCGGAGCUUCUGCGCUUCGGAGACAGACAGUUCUACAAAGACUGGUGGAACUCGGAGACGGUGACAUAUUUCUGGCAGAACUGGAACAUCCCCGUUCACAAGUGGUGUCUCCGGCACUUUUACAAGCCGUUGCUGAGGAGAGGAUUUAGUAAGAUAGUCAGCCAAUCAGCCGUCUUCUUCUUGUCCGCUUUCUUCCACGAGUAUCUGGUGAGUGUCCCUCUGAGGAUGUUCCGACUUUGGGCCUUUAUGGGCAUGAUGGCUCAGCUUCCAUUAGCCUGGCUUGUUGGUCACUACCUGCACGGCAAUUACGGCAACGCUGCUGUGUGGAUUUCGCUCAUAAUUGGCCAACCGUUCGCCGUCCUCAUGUACGUCCAUGACUACUACGUCCUGCACUACAGACAAGAAGCGGACUGAUUGGUAGAAACACGCACUCUCAGUUCUUAUACGUCAUGUGGAUCAUCCAUCGGAGCAUUAUUUUUUUUAUACAGUUGCAUAUAAUGUUUAUAAUAACACGGGCCGUCCCAUUUUUUUUUUUAAUUGUGAAUACAAACACUGCUGUCCUCAUGUAUCUGCUAGCCAGCAUGAUAUAACAUUACCUUUAAGACACCUCUAACUUCUUUUACUGUACAUACUGUACUACAUACAGUAGGAAAUCAAAAAAGAACAACAUACUUGACUAUUGCAGUAUUUGUGCAAACAACACACCUUCAACUAUGGCAGAUACGAUGCUAUCAGUUUUUCAUGGUAAUACUUUUGUUUUGCAUUACUUAAUUUUGUUUGGGGGUCGAGCGGUUAGCAUAUGAAAAAUGCAUAUUUGGGUACAAAGUUCGAAUGAUUGUUUUCUGAAGUGCCUUUCGUAGAUAUUAUACUUGUGUUAAGUGGUUUUACUUUGUCCAGUGUUACUGUGACAUGAGCACAAAAAUGAAAAACAACGUAUGCUGGUAAGUAGGGGUGACACUAGAUCGGGGGGGUGGGCAAACUUUUUGACUCGCAGGCCGCUUUUGAGUAUUUUACGUUUAUAAUUCUAACAGUCCACAUUGAAUUAUUUGAUUUUUGUCUUAAUAAGACAUACGACUUUCAAGUUAUGUUGCCAGUUGUUGUAUGUUAAAAGUUGAAAUACUUAGAAAGCAACUGGUGGGCCAGAUUCAAACGCUUAGUGGGCCGCAUGUGGCCCCCGGGCCGUAGUUUGCCCACCCCUGCGCUAGACCUUGUGUCGCAAGAUCUUGCCAGAUUAAAAGGUUUCUCGUUCAGAAAAAAAAAAUGUCUUGGUACUAGGAACACAAUAAAUGAAAAGGAACUCGAUCAUUUUGCCGGUUUCAAUAUAUCGCCAUGAGAAAUGAAAAGGUUUUCCUCGCCUCCAAACAGGCAGGAAGAGGGUUCACUCUGUGCAUUGGUUUCAGCAUCUUGCCGUGUUUUUCCAUAGACCAACAUGAGCCAUUUGUCAACCAGCUUUUGUGUUGUUGUCAAGUGUUUCUUAAAAUAAAUGUGAAAUUUAAAAGAAAAACAAAAAAAAACUUUUUUGUGUUAUCAACCAUCGGACCAAAAAGUAAAACUGAUAAAUGUUGGUAUGACACUGAAGUGGACAUGCAUUAAAACAUACUGUGUGUGUGUGCUUGUCACCCUGACACGGGUCUGUGGGUCUGUGGAUCUGCUUUUUAUCACACUGACAGCGAUUUAAACAGCUGGUCUUCAGCACAUCACUGACAUUUGGUUCAACAACGACUUUGGGGAAUUUAUAGUAGAGUCAAAUCUAAAUGAACAACCCAUUCGAAAUAGAAUUGCUAUGAGCUGUUAUGAAAUUGGGAUUUUAUUUAAGAAGUUUGCAGCAAUAAAUCUGCCAAACUGGUGAAAUAGGUCAACAAAACUAGUAUUGUGUGACUUAUACUCCAGAGCGA